ACAGAAAGGAACAUUGACGAAUGAUGAUAAUGAUGGUACCUUUUCUAUAUCAACUCAAAUUUGGUUUCCCACUAUAGUACAGCAAAUGCCAAAAGCCAAGUUAAUUCCCUUUCUCCACUCUUCACAAACACAAACACAAACACACGUAUUCUCUUGCAAAACUAAGAAUGAAGGAGGAGUUGGUGGUUGAAGAAGGGUACCUUUUCAAAGAAGAGACUCACUUCACAGUGCUCAAAACCUCUCUCUUCUUCAACGGUGAUGGCUUCGCUGUCUACGAUUGCAAAGGCCAACUCGUUUUCCGCUUCGACUCCUACGGUCCCCGCGCGCGUGACAAGGACGAGCUCGUUCUCAUGGAUCCCCAUGGCCGUUCUCUUCUCACUCUCCGCCGAAAGAAACCGAGUCUUCAUCAACGCUGGGAAGGCUUCAAAGGGGAGAGAACGGAGGGUCAUAAACCCAUUUUCAGCGUCAAGAGAUCGUCGAUCAUCGGACGGUCGAGGACCAGCGUGGCGGUGGAGGUGUACGAUAGCCCCGGUGUGGAGUACCUCAUCGAAGGUUGCUUCCCGCAGCGCUGCUGCAAGGUUUUCAAUGCCGCUAAGGAACUUGUGGCUGAGAUUCGUCGCAAAGUGGACCCCACCACCAGCGUUAUGCUCGGGAAGGAAGUCUUUUGGCUCUGCGUGAAGCCUGGUUUCGAUGCGGCCUUUGCCAUGGGAUUGGUAUUGGUACUUGAUCAGAUCAACGGUGAGAAUUACUUUGAUGAUAGAAUCUUGGAGCCCUCGGUGCACCCUGCUGCAGAAGAUCUGGGAUUUGUUUCACCGGUUCCAGUUUGAGAUUAUCAGAUUUGUCUUGUUUUCUGAUUCUGACGUUUUACUCACUGAUCGUUGGAGUGUUCCCUCUCAAAGGGUUUUCUUUCUCUCUGCCCUUUUUUUUUUAUGGCUCAUCUCGUUUUUUUUUGUAAAAAAAAAAAAUAAUGAUGAUGUUCUGGAUCAUAAUCACUAUGCGAUCUUGUACAUUCUAUAUGCAUUGAAAGUUAAAGAUAAACUUAUCUUAAUUUCCCAUGCUUGCUUGAUUUGCUCUUUAAUUUUAUCAUUGGCUGAAUGGAUACUUUCAGUUAAAUGGUCGAUGCUGUACAAUAAUACCUUCCAAACCUAAGUAUAUGGUUCAAUUAAA